GUCAAGUCCAGUUUGCAAUAAUCCGCUGUAGUACUUUCUGAAUUCGUAAAAAAUGCGAAAGAAAAUUUGGGAAUUGGAACAGUCGAGUCAGAUUAUUCGUACUAAAUAAUUAUGCAGCAUUUUACCGGCUUCCUUUGUAAUGCUUAGAGGUUCCUUGAAUUUAUGGACGUAAUGGAAGAUCUUUUCCGCAGUGGUGUGAAUACCCCGUUAGGUUCGUUUAUCCAACAGGUAUUGUUAACGGAAGCAACGGUAUUAGGUGUUCAGAAUCUUCCAGGUGGCCGUUAUCCGUUUAUUGAGGAAUUUUUCUAUACAUUCCAAGCAUCAGUGCUGGGUCAUGAGUUGGGUGUAAUUAAAAAAGUGUACGGACCGGGACCGUAUGCAGUGGGUUUUUUCUUACUCACCGUGCUGUAUGCAAUGACUUACUAUCCCAAUAUUUAUGCAAAUUCCGCCAGUACGAUCCAUAAAUUUGCGCAUGAAAAACGAAUGACCGUGCUGGAGUUAGCGGUGCAUCUGUCGGUGCAGAUUAGUGCGUGUCUAGUGGCACAUCAGUAUGUGAAUUGGGUAUGGUCGUCGGAAAUAUUCCAUUCGUUGGUCCUGCAUUGGGAUCCCCUGAGUCCCUGUAAAACGGACAUUAAGGUUCCAUUGCCGUUAGCAAUAACGGUUGAGGCAACUUUGACCUUUGCGGCGAAAUUAUUUGGUCAUGGGAAAAGCCAGCUGCCCUUGGGCCUGUUAUUACACUGCGCUGUUAUUUUGGGCCUUUCUCUUAUUGGUGGACCAUAUACGGGCGGAUAUUUUAACCCGAGUUUGGCGUUUAGCUUGCAAUAUCGAUGUAAUGGUCAUACAGAUGCAGAAUUUUUUGCAGUAUACUUUCUCGGUCCGACUAUUGGUGCAUUUUUUCUGGAGAAUAUGCCGAUAGAAUAUGGAAAAAAAUAAAGCCUAAAGGCAACUGGAAUAGA